AUGGCUUUGAUGGUUUUCCUUACUUUCUAUGUAAUUGUAAGUUCUCAGCUAUCAAUCAUAUCAGCCAGUGAUCAUCUUUCUCAGCAGAGUAAUUCAGAAAUCUAUAUUGUUCACGUUGAGUCACCUGAAAAUCUACACGAGUACUCAUUAUUAUCUGAUGUGUCCUCACGCAUAAUAUAUUCCUAUCGAAAUGUCUUCAGUGGUUUUGCUGCUAGAUUAUCACCAGACGAAGUGAAGUUAUUGGAAACGAAGGAUGGCUUUAUUUCCAUAAGACCUCAAAGGAUAUUGCGAGUCCAAACUACUCAUACUCCAAGUUUCCUCGGGUUGCACCAAAACUUAGGCUUCUGGAAUACGUCUAACUAUGGCGAAGGUGUAAUUAUUGGUCUGUUGGACACUGGAAUUUAUCCAGAACAUCCUUCGUUCGAUGAUGAAGGAAUGCCUCCUCCCCCUGCCAAAUGGAAGGGAAAGUGCGAGUUNAGAAAGUGCCUGCCAAUGAGAUAUGGUCUCCAUUUAUCCACUGCAGUCACAAUAGCCAUCAUCUCCUUUUCAUACACUGAGAGGUGUUGA